GAGUCACAAUGCUGAAGACACAAAGAAGAUUGCUUCUCAUGCUGUCAGUCAGGAUUUGGAAGAUCGCACACCUGUUGGGAGCCUACAACAGCCGCAAUCAAAGUUUCAACCGAAGAACAUCGGUUCGGAGAAUCGGUGCAACCAAAAUGAGCUGGACCCUGGUUGGGACUUCUCAUAUCCUUGGCCCAGUAGGGCCCACACCCUUGGGUGGUACCAAAUGCCAGACGCCCUCUCCCCAUGGGAUCUAAAGCAACAUACUUGUUGGAAAAAGCUGCAGGAUUCGGUGGGCCCACGAUGGAGUGCCACUCUGCCAAGGGAGUGGCUCUGGCCUCCUCUCUGCUGUCCGCAUGCCUGUCAUUGCCAAGCGUUUCCCAGCUCCUUCACAGACACCGAUCUGUCAGACCCACUGCGUUCCAGCAGCUUUGGGAGUUUUGACCGGUUCAGACACCAUGGACACUCGGCCAAGCCAGAGGACAAAGCUGAGGACAAUGUACCUGAUUCUGAAGCCUCUGGGGAGAAUCCCGCCAAGUCUGGGCAGAACGGUAGCGGUCUCGGGAAAACCAUGCGGGCCAUUUCCAAAACCAUGAAGAAAAAAAUGGCACGCAAAUACAUCAAAGCCUUGUCAGAGGAGGCGAGUGAAGACAAUGCAGAAGACCACCCAGAGCAUGCUACUAGAGAGCAUGAAGCAGAGGGAAGCUGCCUGAGACAGUGUGAAUCCAUGGAAAGUCUUCAGAGUUUGAACAGUGGCCAAGCUCCAGCCGGUGCCUCGGAUGGAACAAGCAACCGGGACAGUUUCAGGGUGGAUGAGGAGGUGCCCUACACUGGCCCAUUCUGUGGCCGAGCUCGGGUACACACAGACUUCACACCAAGUCCCUAUGAUACAGACUCACUGAAGCUCAAGACGGGUGACAUCAUCAAGAUAAUCAACAAGUCAACCAUGGGCACCUGGACAGGAAUGCUCGAUGGCAGAGUGGGAAACUUCAAAUUCAUUUACGUGGAUGUCUUGCCCAAUGAAGAGGACACAGCCAAGAAAUUCCGACCGCACAGGAGGAGCACGCAGCCAGUCCCAGAUUCUCUCCAGGAGUUGUUGGAGGGGAUCCAGCUGAAGGAUCUUUAUUCCACCUUCCUUCUGAAUGGCUACCAGAGUCUGGAAGACCUCAAGGACCUCAAGGAGAGUCACCUCAUUGAACUUAACAUCACAGAUGCAGAGCUUAGGUCGAAGAUUCUGACCGCUGCCCAGCAGAACUAUGACAUCCUAAGUGAAGAGGAGGACCAAAAUGAUCCCACAACUGAGAAUCAACAGUCCAACCUCAAGAAUGAGCAAUCACAACAGAAGGAUUGCCCCCGGGACUCUGGAUGUUAUGCCACUUCGGAAAUCUCAGACAAUGGGAAGGAGGAUUUGGAAAUGGAGCAUGUGCCAGAGAUGAUCGAAGAUGUCUCCCUUGACAACUGAUUGCAAUAGAUAAAAACAAGUUGCACAAACCCUGUAACAAUUCAAUGGACAGCAGUGGAUGUAGAGGGAUUUUUUAAAGUCUUUUUUGUUCUUACUGUUAGCUCAUUCGAAUUAAACCUGGUCCCUUUUAUUUAAUGUGAACAUAUACAGGCAUGGUUUAAGACUCACUAUGCAAUAUCUGGAAAACACAGAAACUUGUUAACAGAUUUGCUGAUUUUUUUUUAUAGAGGUACAGCACAGUGACAGGCCAGAUGAAGCUGCACUGCCCAAUUACGCCCACCUUUGGAAUGUGGGAGGAAAUUGGAAACCUGUAGGAAACCCACGCAGUUGCGGGGAAAUACGCAAACACCUUACAGAUGGCGGCAGGAAUUGAACCCGUUGCUGGUGCUGUAAUGGUGUUACGCUACCUGCUGCCCAUGUACAAAUUGUACUAAUUGAACAGCCCAAAGAGUUAUUUAUUGGGGAACUCAGUGACUGCUCACAAGGAUGAGGAUUGGCCAAAGCCUUAAUGGGUGUGCAAGUGGAAAAGCAAGGCUCUGCAGGGUGAAAAUAUUCUCUGCGACUUCGCUUGUAAUGAUGUUUGUCUGUCACAUCAGACAAUGACAGGAGAACGGUGCAGGAGAGCUUUUGAAGUAGAAAAGUCAUUGCACUGGGGCAGUUCCCCCUCUCGCCCCAGAAGUUUGGGUAUAGUGCUGUGAGUAGUCAUCACAAACUGGGAGCUUUCACGUGUUCUGUGCCUUGUCCUGCCUGUCACUCCACAAAACGUUGCAAAACCCCUUCUUGGCCGUUGAAUCUCACUGUUGAUCUCAUCCAUCCAGUCCGCUGAAGCUGACUUCACAUGCUAGGAUAGGCACGUCCCUGUCUCACCGGGGUAUGAGGCCGCCAGCUACCCUCACCUGCUUUAGCCCACCUUUCGAAGCGAUGUACCAUGGUGUGGCCGCUGUCGCAUACAAGCAUCUACUCGGAGUCAUAAGUGAGAGCUGAGUGUCUGGUGGGGACCAAAGAUGAGUGAGCUGCCCCAGAAGGACAUGACAAGCCCUUUACCAGAAUUGCUACCUGUCCCUGGACACGCCAUACAUGCCACUUACUUUGCAGCGGACAACAAUUGGAUCUGUACAACCUGUCUGGCACCUUGACAUAACAAAACAUGGUGACCAUGUUUCCAAAUUGAAUUGCAAAUCUCGUCCCCAGUUUGGAUGCAGACCAGAACAGAGCACAUAGAACAAAUGAAACAGAAUAGGAAAAGUCCUUCAGCCCACCAUGUCUGCACCACCCAUUAUGCCAACGUAUUUAACUCUAUAUGCUAGAAGGGGCAAUUGGUGCAGUCUUGGAAUGAGGAAGUUGAUGAUGGAGGAAAGGUUUCCAAAGCUUAUAAUUAUGCCACAUCGUUAACCUUCCUUUUAAUAGGAAAACCAUUGUAAAGUCAAAAUACUCAAUGUGCAAUGAUAUGAUUAAUAAUAGUUGUUGACAUGACCAGAAGUUUGAUGUUACUGUUCUCGCCCGCUCGCUAGUGGCCUGAUGAGGCCGUUAUGUAGAUACCUCACUUUCACAGCCAGUUGGAAGGUGAAGACAUGUUUCAUUGUUUGAUUGUCAGAUUCUUGACUGUUAGUUUUUUCUUCCUAAAAAAACAAAGCUUUAUCAACAAACAAAUAAAAGUGUUCAGACGAAAAGAUGAAAGUGUAUAAACUUCUUCAUUUUCUAAUAUCUUUUAUUCCUGGAUCUUGCUGGAAAUGAAUGUAAAGACAGUGGAAUACCCUAAAUGAAACAGAGAUGGAGAAAUGAACGUGUAAGAUCAUUCUAACCCUUCUUUCCUACAUAAAAUCAUUCAAACUGGAUGUUGCCAGGACUUGGGGACCUGAGUUAAAGGGAAAAAUUGAAUAGUUUAGGACUUUAUUUCCUGGAGCGUAGGAGCAUGAGGAGAGAUUUGAUAGAGACAAACAAAAUUAUAAGGGAAAUAAAUAGAGAGGGUAACUGCAAGCAGGCUUUUCCCACGGAGGUUUGGUUGAAACUAAAGGCAGAGGUCAUGGCUUAAGGCUGAAAGGUGAAAUGCUUAAGGGGACCAUGAGGGGGAACAUCGUCACAGAGGGUGGUGAGAGUGUGGAACGAGCUACCAGUACAAGUAGUGGAUGCAGGCUUGAUUUCAACAUUUAAGAGAAAAUUGGCGAGAUACAUGGAUGGGAGGAGUAUAGAGGACUAUAGCCUGGGUGCAGGUCGAUAGGACCAGGAAACAAUAUUUUAGCAUGGCAUGAAAGGCCUGUUUCUAUGAUGUAGUGCUCUAUGACUCAAUAACUCUAUAAUCCUCCCCUCCUGCACAAACAUUCCUUCCACAUAAAUAAACGGGUAACAUUUUCACAAUAUUUUUUAGGAAUUCAUGACUUUCUGCAGCCAUGGAAAUGGACCUUCCACCAAAGGUAGGAAGGAAGUGUGUAGAACCUGACAUAAAUGGAUUGUAUAAGUUGGGUAUGCCUCUGUGAACAGCUGUGCAAGAGACAGAUGUGUUGGACCUGGAUACACCUCUGGGAAAAGGAGUGUAAGAGGCAGGUGGGUUAGGCCUCAUCAAAGAGAGGAGAUUGUUAGUACUUCAUUGUUUUUUUCAUAAGCUCUUAAAUGUCAUAUGCAAAACAAUUGUGCAUGCAUGGAUUUUACUUUGUGGGAGAUCCUUAUUCCUCUGUACAGUUUCAGUGAUCAAUGACUUAAGAAAACAUGUCUUAGACUAAGAUUGAACAUCUUAGGAAUAAUAUUUAUUUGACUUUUCUGCUUUUAACUUGUAGAUUGGCGUGAUUGUAUGAUAAACAUUUCUUGAACUGUUGCUGUAUUUCAUAUUUUCAAUCUUUAAUCCGUUGUGAUAUUUUAUAUUCUUUGA